AUGAGCGCACAGAGCCGUCUGUUUGCGCUUGCGUCGCACUUUGCGCCCAAGAGCGUCGAAGAGUACGACUAUGUGAUUGUUGGCGGUGGCACCGCCGGCUGCGUACUUGCGAACCGCCUCACGGAGGAUGCAGGCGUCUCGGUCGCGGUCAUCGAGGGCGGCGGCAGCGAUGAGAAGGAGGACCGUGUCCUCAACCUCCGCCGCUGGCUCGAACUCCUGGGGAGUGAUCUGGACUACGGUUACACUACGACUGAGCAGCCGCGCGGCAACUCGCACAUCCAGCACUCGCGCGCCAAGGUGCUGGGCGGCUGCUCGUCGCACAACACGCUCAUCUCCUUCUUCCCUUUUAACGCGGACCUGGACAAGUGGCGCGACCACCACGGGUGCCCGGACUGGGGCGCAAGCUCGCUCCAGCCGUACGGCACGCGCCUCAAGAUGAACAUCACACCGAUUGCGCCGCAGCAGCGCAACCACGUCGUGCGCGACUGGGUCGAGGCGAGCAGCGCGGCGACCGGCGCGCCGGUCAUGGAGGACAUGAACGCACAGAUUGCGUACCGCGGCGGCUUUUCGUCGGCAGUCGGCUUCUUCAACAUCUCGUACGACCCCUACAGCGGCUACCGCAGCAGCGCGAGCACGGCGUACAUGCACCCUAUCAUGCCGCGCGGCGCGACGCCGCGCAAAAACCUGCACCUCUACUUGCACACAUGGGUAGACCGCCUGGCGUUUGACGAGGCGGAGCCGACGCGCGUGCGCGGCGUGCACGCCGUCACAGCCACCGGCCAGCGCAAGAUGAUCCGUGCGCGCCGCGAGGUGAUCCUAUCGGGCGGCGCGUUUGACACGCCGCGUCUGCUCCUCCUCUCCGGUGUGGGUCCCAAGGAGGACCUCGAAAAGGUCGGCAUUGCGUGCCGCCACAAUUUGCCUGGCGUCGGACUGAACCUCAACGACCACCCCGAGUCGAUUAUCCUGUGGGAGACGCGCGACACGCCCAAGGAGACGGUCAUGUCGUCCGAUGCGGGUCUCUUUGUGCGUGCGCUGCCGCCGGACGCGGAGCCGGUGCCGCACCCCGGUCCGGACCUCAUGUUCCACAUCUACCAGGUGCCGUUUGUAGAAAACACCGAGCGCCUCGGCUUCGACGUGCCGAAGCACGCUAUCUGCAUGACGCCGAACGCGAUGCGCUCGCGCGGCCGCGGCAAACUCUCGCUCGCGAGCUCAAACCCGAAGGACAAGCCGCUGAUUGACUUCAAGUACUUCCAGGACCCCGACCACUACGACGAGCGCCUGUUUGUCGAGGGCAUCAAAAUCGCUCGCAAGGUCGCCGAGCAGGCGCCAUUUGCGCAGCACCUCGUACGCGAGAUCGCGCCGGGCCCCGAGUGCCAGACCGACGAGCAGAUCUCGGAGUACGCGCGCAAGGCUGCGCACACCGUGUACCACCCUGCCGGCACCUGCCGCAUGGGCACGCCGCCCGCGUACCGCGCGGGCAACGCCGACGCCGACACGGUCGUCGUCGACCAAAAGAACCUGCGCGUCGUUGGCCUGCAAGGCUUGCGCGUGUGCGACGCGAGUGUGCUGCCCACCAUUCCGUCUGUGAACCCCAUGCUGACGAUCCUCAUGAUCGCCGAGCGCAGCGCCGAGAUCAUCCGCAACGAUGGAUGGGUGAACGGCAAGCGUAAAGUGUACUUUGGAUAG